AUGUCAGCUCUAGAUGAAAUGAAGAAGCAGAAUGCUGCGCUUCAAGCUGGCGUAGCAAACCUUCAAAAGGUCGCGGGAAGUGGAGCUUCCACUGCGAAGAAGGCGCCCGCAUCAGCUGCAAAAACCACAACUUCAACAACACAGAAGCCUGUGACACCAGUCAAGAAGGCUACGCCCGCCAUAGCAAAGACUGCAGGAACGACAGCUACGCCGGUGAAAAAAGCACCUGCAAAACUUAACAAAACAGCAUCUGGUGCGGCAUCACAGACCUCGACUACCCCCGCGAAGACCACGCCUCUGAAACCUUCUACACCCGCGGCCGCCAAAAAGGCGGUAUCCUCCACUACAUCUAAUGCGACGCCUGCGAAGAAGACAUCCGUAGCUGCCAGUAAGACGGCAGCCAGCGAUGCAACCAAACCCGCCCCGAAGACGCCGGUUGCGGCGAAGAAAACGACAUCUGCAUCAACAACAUCCGCGCCAGCAGUAAAGGGGCCCAACAUCAAGAACCAAGCCAGUGCAGCGCCAAAACUAAAUGCCGCAAAGACCACGCCCGUGAAGUCUGCAACCACCGCAACCUCCACCACUUCGAAAGCAACACCCGUCAAGAAGACUCCAGCCAAAUCAACCUCAGCCGUCAAUGCCGACGGCACGAAACCCACACCCGCCGCAGUGAAAAAGACAGGACAGACUACCACCCCGAAGAAGCCUGGCAUGGUCGGAACUGCCUCAAAUGCGGUUACUGGUGGGCUGAACAAGGGCACUGGUCUCGCCACGGGAACUGUGAACACAGUAGCCGACAGCGCUACUACCGGGCUCAACAGCACGGUCAACGGCAUCACGGGCAUAGCAGGAAAGGGACUCGACAAAGUGCCCGCCGGCAUCGGCAAGCCUGUGAAGCAUGUUACAGACAACGUGGGGAAGACUGCCACUGGCGCAGUCGACGGCCUUUACAACACCGCGGGAUAUGCCACCAAGGGCGUCCAAGGCACCGUCAGCAAAACCACCGGCGCCAUCGGCAAAGGCGACAUCAAAGGCACAGCCAGCGGCCUCGGCUCUGGCGUGGGCAACACGGUCGGCGGAGUGGGGAAGGGCCUCGGCGGCACCAUCGACGGCGCGGUCGGAGGAGUGGGGCGUACAGUCGGCGGGCCCGUCGGAGAUGUCGUGGGUGGAAUUGGAAAAGGAGCGGGGGACGCGAUCGGAGGGAUCGCUGGCGGACUGGGUGAUGGCGUAGGGAAGCUGACCAAGGGGGAUUUUGUGGGCGGCGUGGGCAGCACGCUUGGGGGUGUGCAGAAGGGAGUUGGCGGACUCUUGGGCGGCGUGUUUGGCGGCGUGGGUGGGAAAGCGGACGAGGAUGAGGAGAAGUGA